AUGGAUGACAUUUUCCUUUGUCCUCGUGUUCGAUGUCAAAAUCCUGCGUCAAAAAGUAGUUCUACCUCGACGUUGGCCACGUGUGCUGCGUGCGGCUUCUGUUUCUGUGUGAAAUGUCGUCGUGCCUACCAUGGCGUGAAUCCUUGUCGAGCCUUCGUCGUCGCUGUAUCGCGAAUGGUUGAGAACGAGGAUGGUACGAUGACGUUCAAGAAGAUCAGCGUCGACGAGUAUUUGGCUGCGACGGAUGACCAACGCAAAGAGAUGGCGUGGUGGUAUGGAGGUGUCGAGAAACUCGAGGUAUAG